UACAACGCCGCUAAAGAAGUUUUUACUUCAAAAAACUACUGCCUUUAAAAAAACGCCACCUUGAUUGUAACAAUGAGAAGUUUUUUUAAACGUCAUAAAUAAUUGAUAUUUUGACAUUGCUGUUAUUUCAGUUUUAACCAACAAUGUUACCCGGGAUGGUGAAAGGAUUCUAACGAUACCACUCACAUCUAAAUCGGUUCAGGCGUUCAGAAGUUAUGGUGGAAUAAAGAAUUGUACAUUCAUUCAUACCCGAACCCUAAGUACAUUACACUCUUUUUUCUUGGGCAGUCAUGUGAAAAAUUCAAGGUCAUGUUUUCACUUUAAUACUAUUUUAUGUACCGAUUUUAAAUAAUUAUAUUUAAAAAGUACCUGUACAAAAUUAAAUCUUGCUUCAAAGGUACCAUUCUUGAUACUUUCAGAUUCCUCAUUCAUACAAUCACCAGCUUUCCAACUACAGUCGAAAUGUGUAAAAUAUUGCAUUACAGAACGCUAUCUAAAAUACGAUCGUCGACGCUAAGUGGUUUGGUAAUCCAGUCGUUUAAUUUGUGCAACAAUGUUAGCCGUUAUCGUUUAAAGAUUGCACAGAUAAAUGGCGCGAAACGUGAAAUUAUUGUAGAGGCAAAAAAAAGCGUGCGUCCAAUCCAAAGCUGGCCGGCCGGCCUAAUCGAUACGCGGCCGGCCGGUGAGGAAUUCACAAAACUGGCGGGCCAACACGCGGCCCGAGCGACUGCGCGCUUGCUUUUUCACGUGUUUCGCUAUCCGUCCCGCUCGCGCGUCCGCUAAAAUAACGGGUGCGAGGGAGACGGCGUCGUUUGCCCGCUUGCUUCCCGCUGCGCGUGUCUGUCUGCCGCUGUGCGCGUCCGUCGCCGUGUCUGUGUACCGAGUGCGAGCUGGCGGCGGCGUGACGUAUCGCGUAUUUUGUGUUUUAAAGAUUUUUUCUCGUGCAAUGCCGAAGUUAACCGAUGUUGACGAUGGCGGGUCACGGAAUGACGCCGCUGUUGGAAGGAUGGUGGAUUCGAGCCAGGCGGAAGAUAGGAAGAUGAUUAGGCUAGUGCGGGAGAGGCGGCUCCUGUACGCGCGGAACAAUAUGCCGGUCGCGAGCUACUAUUCUCGUGUUAAAACGCUGUGGAGCGAAGUGGCACAUCACAUGGGAUGGACGGUGUCCGACGUUCGGCGGAAGUGGUCCCACAUUCGGAACUCGUAUUCGCGCCACCUCCGGAACGAGAUGCAUGGCGCGCGCACCGGCAAGGGCCGUAUCGUCUCCCGCUGGUACCUCGCCGACGAGCUGGAGUUCCUCAGGGAGCACAUGGCCACGGACAUGCGUCCGCCGUCGUACUCAUCGUUUGCACCAACUUUAGUCGACAUGGAGGGAGCGAACGGAAGUGAAACUGACUCGAAGCUUGACCCAUUGGAGAUGCAAUCAUCAUUCAUGUCCAACCCUUGGUUCGCUCUAAGCAACCAAGUCAAGGUGGAGCCGAAGAGAGAGUCCAAUUCCAACGACGACAGUUGCUCCUCAGCGUUCGACCCUGAUGAGAACAGCGCGUACUUCCAAUUCUUUCGCGGCAUUCACAGCGACUAUCAAGAAUUACCUGCUAAGAAACAGAGGCUGUUCCGGAGAAAAUGUUUGGAUUUCCUCCACGAGCUUUUGGAUGAGGAUGACGUGCCGGCUUCCUUGGUGUACCAGAACGAUGCUAUGAACCUCACCAGAUUCUCCAGGACCAAUAGUGAUGAUGAGCGUGAACAGACUCCUUUUUGUGUGGUGGAAAAAGUCGUUACUUGUCCCGAAGGCUCGACGUGAAAAGACUUGAGUGUUACAUUAAUUUAAAAUUUGUUCCUAAUUAUUAAAUAAUGAUAAAGAUGUUGUAAUAAAUGUUUGAUAAAAGUUAUUUCUUAUGUUAUUCCAUUAUACAAGCUGAUCGUUACCAUAAUUCAAAUAUCAUGUCAGAACCAUUUAUGUAAAUACUUGUCGGAAGUGCUGCGAACUGAGAUUGCGAAACACAAAGCUUAUAAAUCUACUGUAGCUGAAUUUUUCAUGUGGAAAUAGAUAUCAGUUUUGAGCAGUUUUAUUGUCGCUAUGAGCGCAGUUAAGUAAUAUAUAAAAGUCUGCGAAUAAGUGAAGAAUAGGUAGGUAGUAAGAGAAUGCUUUGAACAUAGAUUUAAAAACAACAUUUUUAAAAGGCAAUUUUGCUAAAUAAAACUAGUUUUAACGGGUCAAUGCACGAACUUUAUUUAUUUAUUGACGUUUCGCAGCCUCUUCAGGUCUGCAUCGUCAGAAUAA